UAUUGUGGGGAGAAGGUGCAGGGAAGCGAGAGAAGAUACAGGGCAGGAAAAAACCAAAAUAUUUACUAAAAGUUUCAAAUAAAAAUUCAAACUUUUGAAGAUUUUUGGAAUCUCACAACUGUCACCUGUAUUUAUCCAUACAGACUAGGCCCUAGAUCUGAUCGAGAAAUGCGCUUUUGUAGAGGAGAAGGGUUUCCAUGGUGAAACCAUUUUGAUCUUCUCGUUGUUCUGGGAGAGAAGGAACUUGGGCAAGUUAAGAUUUUUAGCUGUAAUGCAGCUUUGACUUGCUGAGCUUGUUUCUGGGUUGGGCUGUUUUUCUUGCUUAAAAAUUGACUUGUUUCCACUUUUAAAUUUUUAUAAUGGUUUUUUGGGAAGGAUAUGUGAGUGAUGAAGUGAUGGGCACGUUUGCCCCUAUUGUGGUUUAUUGGGUAUAUGCUGGAUUUUAUCACUUGCUGCCACCUUUAGAUAAGUAUCGGUUGCAUACUAAGAGAGAUGAGGAAGAAAAGAAUGUGGUCCCCUUUUCAGCAGUUGUGAGGGGUGUUUUGCUUCAGCAGCUUGUUCAGGCAAUUGUUGCACUUUGCUUGUUGACGACAACGGCAAAUGCAUCUGGGGUUACAGUGCAGCCUUCUAUUCAAAUGCAAGUUUUGCAGAUCCUUAUUGCCAUGUUUGUGAUGGAUACAUGGCAGUACUUUGUGCAUAGAUACAUGCAUCAGAACAAGUUUUUAUACCGUCAUAUCCACUCCCAGCAUCAUAGACUGGUUGUUCCAUAUGCAAUAGGAGCCCUUUACAAUCACCCCAUUGAGGGGCUUCUACUUGACACUGUUGGUGGGGCCAUCUCAUUUCUUUUCUCAGGGAUGACUUCAAGAACAGCCGUUGUAUUCUUCUGCUUUGCUGUUGUGAAAACUGUUGAUGAUCACUGUGGAUUGUGGUUGCCUGGCAAUAUCUUCCAUUUAUUUUUCCAUAAUAACACAGCUUAUCAUGACAUUCAUCAUCAACUACAAGGCCUCAAAUACAAUUAUUCUCAGCCAUUCUUUCCCAUUUGGGAUAAGCUCCUUGGGACAUACAUGCCUUUCCAUCUUGUUAAAAGACCUGCAGGGGGUUUUGAAGCAAGGAUAGCAAAGGACUAGUUACCCUCUAAUUGUAGCAUAACUAUGAGGUGGUUCAUUGUCAUGUACUUAAAAACAUUUUUGAAGGUGUAAGUUGCUAUAAGAGUGCCAAGUUUUUAAGCUACGGAAUUUGUUAUUUUUACUUCUGUCUGGUUUUAACUUGUAUUAUAUUAGUUCGA